AUGUUCGGUGUCGGAGAUAUCAUUUGGGUCCCGCUCAUGCGGGUCAUUGGAAAGCGCCCUGUUUAUCUUCUGGCAAUGCUGGGACUUUGCAUGAUGAAUGUCUGGUCAAGCGAGGCCAGGAGUUAUAGUGAAUUACUUGCGGCUCGCAUCUGCUCUGGUUUUCCUGCUGCGGCUGCCGAUGCCACUGUACCUGCUGUGGUCGCAGAUAUGGUUCCUGCAAAGGAUCGCGGUCAUUGCAUGAUGAUUUUCCAUCUAGCCUUGACAAGUGGCCUAUUCGUUGGGCCUUUGAUCAAUGCCUAUCUCAUCCAGGGGGAGAACUGGCGUUGGAUGUGUUACUUCCUCGCAAUUGCCGUUGGCAUUGUCUUCGUGGUCGCUGUGUUUACUAUCAGAGAAACCUCGGACAUCAAGAGACAUAAUUCGGAUCCUUCACGGAAGCGAUCUCACUGGGAGUGGAUGUCCCUGACACUGGGCUUCAAUCGAGACGCUUCCUUCCUCCGAGCAUUUUUGGAUAUCCUGGGCAACGCAACAUAUCCGCCUUUGAUCUGGUGCUCCCUUACCAUUAGCAUUUAA